AUGGUGGUGGAAGAUGGUAGUCCAAGGAGCCCAGAGGCGACGUUGGGGAGGCAUGUGGAGGAUCUGUGGGACAUACAAGAGCCACAGCUCAGUCCAACUGAGAAGCUCAAUGCUUGCUUUGAGAGCAUCCCUGUCUCUGCCUUCCCUCCUGCUCCUUCUUCUCAAGUAAUUGAGCUAAACUCGGAUACCAGCUUGGCUGACGCAGUUAAGUUACUGUCCAAACAUAAAAUUCUUAGUGCACCCGUUGUGGAUGUCAAGGCGCCUAAGGACGCGAGUUGGAUCGAUAGAUACAUUGGUAUUGUGGAGUUUGCAGGAAUUGUCGUGUGGAUUCUUCAUCAGUCAGAAAAGAUGGAAGGAUCUGCGGGCUCAGCAUUCGAUAUGUAUGUAUCAGAGGAAACCAUUGGACCUGCUGUUGCAGCCGCAGCUAAUGGGUUAUCUUCUCCAAGAUUUAGAAGCUUGCACCCUGAAUCUCCUACAGCCACUUCUGGGAACUUUUUUGAGACUCUUACUUCUUCUGACUUUUAUAAGAACACAAAGGUUCAAGAUAUCUCAGGUUCAUUCCGCUGGGCUCCAUUUCUUGCUUUGCAGAAGUCGAACUCCUUUUUGACGAUGCUCUUGCUGCUAUCAAAGUACAGAAUGAAAAGUGUUCCUGUGGUUGAUCUAGGUGAAACAACAAUUGAUAACAUAAUCACCCAAUCUGCUGUGAUUCACAUGUUGGAAGAAUGUGUUGGUCUUCACUGGUUUGAAAGCUGGGGCACUAAAAAACUAUCUGACCUUGGUCUUCCUCUAAUGAAGCCCAGUCGCAUUGUUAAGGUGGAUGAGGAUGAACCAGUGCUACAGGCAUUUAAACUGAUGAGACAAAAGGGAGUUGGUGGGGUACCAGUGGUCGAAAGUGGCGGAAGUAAAGCAGUUGGUAAUAUAAGCAUCAGAGAUAUUCAAUUCCUUCUAAUUGCGCCUGCAAUCUACAAGGAUUACAGAUCUAUAACGGCCAAGAACUUUCUGACAGCAGUUCGAAGCUACCUGGAGGAGAAUCAAAAAGAUUCACCAUUGUUGAGUGGCAUGGUUACAUGCCAAAGAGACAACACACUCAAGGAAGUUAUUCUGAAACUCGACUCCACAAAGAUCCAUCGGAUUUAUGUCGUGGAUGAUGCUGGAAAUCUAGAGGGGGUAAUCACUCUCAGAGACAUAAUUUCAAAGCUAGUACACGAGCCUCGUGGUUACUUUGGUGAUUUCUUUGAUGGUGUUCUUCCCCUGCCCGCGAACAGCAGGGUCUAA